AAAAUAAUAUGUAAAAUCAACAAAAAAUAUGUUGAAACAUUGUUUUGCCUUGAAGAAGGCAGUGUAUGACAUCUGGCACAGUUAUGACAAAUAUGUCAAGAAGAAUGGGCAACGAUUUGACAAGCAAGCUGACAAGCAAGUUUGAACAGAAAUGUACAGUCAUGGGAAAACAAAAGUACACUCUCCUUCAAAGUUUUUAUUUAUCAGGGCCUAAAUAAAAAUUGUGUGGUCCUCACUAACUUCUAUAACCUAAAUAACCUCAACUAACAAAAAAAAAAAAAAAAAAAACACAACAGAUUUCAAUGUAAUCUUUUUUUUCCCAAAAAGUAAACCAACAUUCAGAAACCAUGUGGAAAAAGUAAGUACACCCUUCCUAAUGAAACAGCCAUUAAGAGAGUAAUUAGCAUUAGCCAUUUGUUACUAAUGAAAUGAGUUAAUCAUCAAAAAGUGUGACUAAUUCUACAAAAGCAGAACAUCUUGCAAUUUGGUGUUCUGGAGCACUCAGGUGUUUGUCAUCAUGCUAAGAAGAAAGGACAUCAGCCAUGACCUCAGAAAUUCAAUUGUUUCUGCUCAUCAAUCUGGGAAGGGUUAUAAGGCCAUCUCCAAACAAUUUGAAAUUCACCAUUUUACAGAGAGAAGGAUUGUUUACAAACGGAGUGCCUUCAAGACAUACAGAUAUAAAGAAAAACCCAAGAGCUACAUCAUGUGACCUACAGGCCUCUUUAAGCACAUUAAAUGUUUAUGUUGUGACAGCACAAUCAGAAAAAGACUGAACAAGUAUGGGUUUCAUAGAAGGGUGGCUAGGAAAAGCCCCUUCUCUCUAAAAAGAAUAUGGAACACAGCUUAGGUUUGCAAAAUUGCAACUGAACAAACCACAAAUGUUCUGGAACAAAAUCCUUUGGACUGAUGAGACCAAGGUCGAGUUUCCAAUGGGGAUUUUCUUUGUUUUUUCUUUGGUCUUUCCCAGUCAGAGGUCACAAGACGAAUCAUAAGUUUAUUUUUUUUGGUUUGGGCGAAAGUGUUACAGCUUUUCUGUUUCCUAUGUUUGAGGAAACACAGCAUGAACCCAGUAGAGCAUUAGGGAUUUGAAACACUUGAAAAAAUAUAUAUAAAUCUGGAAUUCAGCUUCCUUUCUGUCUUGCGUGCGUGUGUGAGAUAAUUUGCCCAUCAUACACAUGUUGUCACACUUAGUCAGAGACUUUGUGAUAUACAUGAUAUGUGCGAUAUGUGUAAUGCGUUGCUCAGGCCUAACAGUUUCAUUGUUGUGCUAAUGAUAUAUAAUGAUUUAAUAUUUACAGCUAAUGUCUGGCUGAGGUUAACAAAAAUAAUACAUUUCAGACAUGAACAACUUUAAUUUUACUGUGCAAAUCACCAGCAUCCUGCAGUAUUAGUUGCUAAUUAGUUUUGCUUCACAUUUACAAAAGUCCACUCAUUUUUUUUAAACACUUCCAUUUCUCAUUCUUUUGUCUCUCUCUUACAGUUGGUGUUGUUUCACUGUUAGUAAAGCUUUUAACUGGUUUAAACAGAACAAUAAAUGGUUAAGUUUCAGUUUUAGUGAACGUUACUCCGCCUCAUUGAAUGCUGAAUUGCUCUUGAGUGUCUCUGAACAGGAAGUUGUGCUUUGCGUCUCUUCUCCAUCAAUGCUGCAUUCAUUUUCACUCAGACUGUGACGAUGGAGGCUGUACAAAAGGAGAACUGGUACUUCAUGGCACUUCUGAUUUCUCUCUCUUUUCUCAAAGUCUCAGAGCAGCUGAAGUCUCCAGACAGCGCAGUAAAACUUGAGGACGGGAUGCUGUUGGACUGCUUAUGUCCCUGGAAUGGUAACCUCAUCAUGGUGUCAUGGACUAAAGGAGUCUAUUCAACUCCCCUCGCCAUUUAUCACCCACAGUACGGCGUCAAUUUCAACGCUGCUUAUGACGGUAGAGUUAAGUUCAUCAGUUCAUCACAGAUGGAUGGCAGCAUCAGAAUAACGAACGUCACUGAAGAAGACGAGGGUGUGUAUCACUGCUCGGUGCAGACGUUUCCUCAAGGGUCAUGGACCAAAGAUACGCUGGUGCAAAAACAAGUCACCAGCAGCACCGUCCUCACCCACAAUCCCAACACCAAACUUAUCGUCUCUGAAAGCGAAGACGUGACCAUCAGCUGUAGGCAUGACAGCGUCGUGUACGAGGUCAGCGUGGAGAGGAUGGAAGGAGCGGACGGAGGGAGCAGUCUGAUAGCAGUGUGUAAGCAGAACGCUGAUGUUGUGGAGCUCAACGAGUAUCUACACAGAGGAAAUGUGAACUGCAGUGACGAGAUGGAGAUGAAGCUGCAUUUAAACAACGUGAGCCAAGAUGAUGGCGGGAUUUAUCGCUGUAACUUCAGCACAGACGCCGGGUUUUCUAGCAACCUUAUCCUGCUCACAAUGUUCCCCAGUUCCAAAGGACUCAGUGAUGCUCAGAACAGGUGGUAUAUUUACAUUGGAGGAGGAGUAGCUGGAGCACUUGUCCUGAUGUCCAUCGCUCUCUUAUUCAUGUGGAGGAGCAGGAGGAAGGUGAGGAGAUUGGAGUACAGGACACAGUUACAUACCACCAAAAGACAGCAUAUGUACACUAAUGAGCCAGGAGGAGUGUAUGACAGGAUGAAAAAGACAACCAGGAACCAAAGAAAGAACAAUCCUAUAUACGUCAACUUCCAAAACACCAGAGCUCAGAAGAAAGGAAAAAGAUGACGUUUUCAAGUUUAUACUGAGAAGACUUCUGAAUAUGUGAUGGACUAUUGACCUCGUUUGCCCUCCUGUGAUUAGACUUUGAUUGACAGGUGACGAGACCAUACUGGCUUCAAGUAAAGCAGAAAAGAAGGAAGAGCCACUGAGAAAUCUCCUGGCCACAGAAGGCCCAUGAUGACAUUAAAAAACAUUUUGAAGACUAUUUUGAAGAAAGUGCGUACAGGACAGUUUAAUUGGAAUAAUUAAAUGAAAAAAGGUGACAUUAUUAUAUGAAAUGAAUCGUGGAUGGAGUGAUGAUAUCCUGUGGCCUCCUGAGAAGACGACCUUUUUUUGCACAUUUAAUAUUGCAGUUUAUACAACAGCGCUGUUGAAUUCUUAAGUCUAAUUGGUCAGCAGGUGUUGAUUCUUUUUCUAUAACAGCAGCUCUAACAGGAAUCUUGGCUGUAAUUCAAAUCACAGGUUUAUAUUAAUGCACUUGUUCUAAUACAUUAUCGCUUCUAUAGUAACAACACACAUAGGGACCUGUAUGAUGGAUGCUCCAUAUAAACAGAUUAAAAACGUGUGUAAUUGUUGAUAUGGUGAAGUUUUCUGUGAGGAGAUAUUUACUUAAAAUUUAAGGAAGGAGUCUCCAGUGUCAGUGCUUCCUAACAGUCAGAGGUACAGUUGUAACUUUAAGUUUGCCAACAUGGAGAGCUUUGCAGUUUCUUGGUUUGUCUCAGCUGAGGCUGGUGAGGGAACAACGGAAGUUAUAACAGGAGCUAACUUGUUUCACAGACAUUUCACAACAUUAAAUGUAACUAUAAAUAGAUAAAUAGAUAAAUAAACUGUAAUUGUUGGCAAAUUGCUGUGGUAUAAGAGGAAUAAAACACUUCAGGAUGUGUGUUAGUAGGGUGCUAAGAGCAACCCUGAUUUGCUGUCGAGCUGCAUCAUACCACCCUGUCGUUGAUUGUUUUCCUAUAACACCACUCCCUUUAGUAAUUUAUUCCUUACUUAUUGUAUAACCCAGUUUUCACCAAUGCGUAGAUGGAUGUUUGUAUUUUAAUUACACUGAGCCGAAAUAUAUUUUCCCCCAGUCCAUUAUGAUGCCUCUUUCACUAAGGUGUUUUAUUAAUAAGACUAAUGUUUUAUCUUAUAAUGAGAUUACUCAUGACUUUUUUUUCAGAAACACACUGUAGUCCAUUUUAAGCUGCUCUUACUUUUAUAUGUACAGAAAUGGAGAAACGAUCUCUGAAGAUGUGAUGACAAGAGAACAACCGUUAUCAGUGGAUUAUAGUGUCACCGGUGGAAGACAAACUGCCUUUAUGUGUUAAGCUCAAGAAAAGUAUAAAUGACUUUUUUUAACGCUGGCUGUAAAGUGGAUGAUUUGGCUUUUAUAGAUGAUGCUGU